GAUAAUAGUUAUGUAAGCAAGAAAUUUCUAUAGAUGGGAUAAUUGUUACAAGUGAUGUAUCUAUUGAGUUAAGUAUAACAGAAAUGCAUUACUAAUUGUGCAUUUAAUCAUUUCUGAACUAUAAAAACUCCCUUAGAUGUCAUUUUGUCGGGUCAGAUGUGCUCUAUGAUCAUAUAAAAUUUAUUGGUACAGCAGUCUAACUUUCCUGAUGCUUGUUGCCUCGAAUUUAGUUUAUGUCUUUUCAACACACUUCAUGGACUUUUUGUGGGGGAAUCAUGAGCAAAAUUAGAAUUUUCGAUUUGUUGGCAUCUAUUGCCUUCAAUUGCAAUUUUUUUGGCAAGAUUGAAUAAAGGAAAACUUUUAGAAGCCAUGGCAAUAUUUUUUGAAAGAUCUAGUAGAUCUGCCAAUGAUGAGCUACAUGCAAUGGGGGUUGUUCGACGAUGCGGACUUUGUCAAGAAUCAGACAUGGUGCUAAGGAAAAAUCGAGAUGGCAAUUUUAUGGUUGGAUGCUUGGGUUACCCUCAGUGUAGGAAUGCUGUCUGGCUCCCUGGAUCACUGUCAGAAGCGGUUGUGACCACCAAUACGUGCAAUAUUUGUACUCCUGGUUUGUGACUUAAUUUAAUCAAAGAUACUAAUGUGGGAUUCUGGCCUUUUCCCACUUUUUCUUAAUAGAAUAAUAAAGUCUUGAAUUUAAAGACUAUAAGCACUUAAGUUGAAAGAAAUCUAGGGAUUUAAGUGAGAUAAGAAAGAAAUAGAAAUUUCGAACAAUAUUAUUUCCUUGAAUAUGAUAAUACUUGAAAAAG